UUCGGUAAAAAGAACAGGCCUUAUAUGUAUUUCUUCCACCGAUAAAUCAUAAACAUCAUAAACAAAUGGAAAACGAAGAGUUGAUACAUUUACGUGAUCUGAAAGAACAACUUUUAGAAGAGGUUGUUUAUUUAAAAGACAAAUUGAAGGAUCAAGAAGAAAAUGGAUGUGAAAAAUCAACCAAUUUCAAUACCAGACUGUUUCCUGACGAUGAAGAUCAUAAACUGUCAGAAUCCAUGUCUACCAAGUACAAAGCUAAAUUAUGUAAUAUUACAGCUAAAGUGAUGGGAAUAACAUUCAAAGAUAUUGAUAGAAAAUGGUUACAUGAUAAUGUUUAUAUAUACAUAGCUAAAGUAAUAACGAAAACAAUUUCCAUUGAUAUAGAAUUAACAGUGAUUUUGAAGAAUUUAAAUAAUGAUUUUGAAAUCAAGAAUUUGAAAUAUGAGUUUAGUAACAAUGUCCAUAAAUAUAAUUGUGAUAGUUUGGAAAUAUCUCCUUGGAUUGAGGAAAUUAUAAAUAAGAAAAAUUUUUCUCUUCUUAUGUCUGGAAUUUCUGAUUAUGAAAAAAAUUGUAUCCUUAGAUCUAAAAUUUUACAUAGUUCAGAAAUACAGAAAUAUGUAAGUAUUGAGCAACAUACUCUGGAAUAUGGAGUCUACAGAUAUAGAAAUGGAAUUGAUUUAGGAAUGGAAUUUUCUGAAAAAAAUCGUUUUUUAUUAAAAAAAUUGUGCAAGUAUAACUUAACAAAAAACAAUCUUAUGGAACUAUGGAAGAAAUUAUGCAUUGCUAUUGAUGCUUAUGCUGGAAAAAAUGCCUGACAAAACUCAUUAUCUUUAAUAUAAUAAAUAAAUAUAUUAUUCACUUAACAAUAGUCAAGAAGGGGACUUGGUUUACAAUAUUUCUUAACCACACACAUCCUUCCAUACCUUAUAUACGCUCCUCUGCAAAUACUACCUCAUCCUAAAUAACUUAUUCGCUUGCCCUUUGGGCCACUAACAUAUUGUUAGCUUGUCGCAUUAACACAUUACAUUGCAUUACGUUACGUUAUCACAAUUUUACAUUAUCACUUUAUUUUACACUAUCUUUACAUUAUAUC